GGCCUUAUUGAAAACUUUGUGAAUAAAAAUAAAAAUAAGUGUUUUUGAAAGGAGAGCAGAUAUGGCAGGCAGGAGUAUUGGCCUGUGCUUUUGUCCUCCCAUGGUUGGAAAUUCACCAUGUUUAUCUCAAUUAAAAGCUUCAUCUUCAUGCAAUUCUCCACCACAAACGUCCACUCUUUCUCCUCCACUUAUCAAAACCCUUUCUGACAUCCAUAGCUCUGGUAUCAUUGCUUGCCUUCGUGCUCCUAGUGCAGAGAUAGCGGUUGGGGCUGCACGAGCUGCAUUACGUGGUGGCAUCAAAGUCUUGGAGGUUGUGAUGUCCACUCCAGGUGUGUUUGAGGUUUUGCAACAGCUUGUGCUGGAGUAUCCCACGAUGACUUUAGGAGUAGGAACUGUCCUAAAUGCUGAAGAUGCUAAAGUUGCAAUGAAGGUUGGUGCCAAAUUCAUCAUGAGUCCUGCAAUGAUCAAGGAUGUACUUGCUGACGUCCAUGAUCAUGAAGUUUUAUACAUACCUGGUGUCAUGACUCCAACAGAAAUAUUAUCUGCUUACAAUGCUGGUGCGAGGAUUGUCAAGGUCUAUCCUGUUUCUGCACUAGGCGGUGUUGAGUAUAUAUCAGCAGUUAAGAAGCCCUUUCAUCACAUCCCAAUGGUUGCUUCUCAAGGAAUUAAAAUGGAUCUUGUAGAGGAAUACAUCACUCGAGGAGCUUCAGCAGUGGUACUAUCAGAUGCCAUUUUCUGUAAAGAAGCUAUUGCUCGAGGGGACUUUGACACUAUAUCUGAACAAGCACAACUUGCAGCUUCAAUUGGUAUUGAAGCUAAAAAACAGCUUUAAACUGGUAAGAGAUGACCAAAUGGGCAAUUGGCCUUUUGUUCUUUUUCCAUUGAAUAAUCUUUCCACAGUUUGAAGGGUUAGAACUUGGAAGUACCAAAAGGUCCAGUAAUCAAAACAUGAAAGAUUCCUUGAUAUACAGUCUGAAAUAUAGCUAUGAGCCUAUGACAAGCAAAUUAAGAAUGCAUUUCUUCAAUUUGCCAAAUAUAAUUGCUGACAGGAGAUAUACAUGAUUCACUUCCAUUUCCUAUGCGGGAGCUCGAUAAACCCUCGGAAAUAUAGCAUUAACCUCCUUUUUUGUGCUGCUACUCGAAUACUCUUAUUAAGAUUUUCUGGCCAUAACAACAGUAGUGAAGAUUUGCGCACUUCUUAAGCUAAUUAUAACCAGUAUUGUAAUACUAAUGCAGGUUAAACUGUAGCAGUUUACAAAAAUCAAAGCUGGUGGAACUUGUUGACCAUCCUGCCCCCUGUACGGACACACUUACUUGCACCCACGUAUGACCGGGUUGCUUUAGUAAACCAUUGCCAUAUCGACAAGUAGCUCGGUCACCAGCAGAGUUGGUGCUCAUUUCAGGGUUCCUUUGGAAGUACAAAUAUCUGGACUUGGCUAAGCCUAGACCUGGUUAUUGGGCGGGUCGGGGCGGGUCAUUAGCGGGGCGGGUCAUUUGCGGGUCAUAGUAAACUACAAGCGGGUCAGGGUCAUAAGGGUCAGGGUCGGGUCAGGGUCAUAGCCAAAAGCUAAUAGGGUCAAUAGCGGGUCAGAAAUGGGCGAAUAUUCAAGGAAGCAUAGAAGCCAGAAAUGGGCAAAUAUUCAAGGAAGCAUGUUGUAUUCCAGUACCACCAAACUCAUCCAUGAAUAGAAUACACGUGCAUUACUAGUAUUUCAUAAUGUAAUAAUCUAACUACAUAUGUAUACGAAUUAUCUCAUACCGCCAACUAGCCAAACAACUAUGUAAAUCCAAAAGUGGUGCCUUUUUUGUAAACUGAAAUUAAAUUACAAUAAAUAAAAAGGGUGGAAUUGUUUUCUAA